AUGGCUAUCACUGUUGGUAUUAACGGUUUCGGACGUAUUGGUCGUUUAGUUUUAAGAGUUGCUUUACAAAGAAAGGACAUUGAAGUUGUUGCUAUCAAUGAUCCAUUCAUUGCUACCGACUACGCUGCUUACAUGUUCAAGUACGAUUCUACCCACGGUAGAUACAAGGGUGAAGUUACUUCUGAAGGUAACCAAUUGAUCAUUGAUGGUCAAAAGAUCACCGUUUUCCAAGAACGUGACCCAGCUGACAUCCCAUGGGGUAAGUCUGGUGUUGAUUACGUUAUUGAAUCCACCGGUGUCUUCACCAAGAUUGAAGGUGCUAACAAGCAUAUUCAAGCUGGUGCCAAGAAGGUUUUGAUUACCGCUCCAUCUGCUGAUGCUCCAAUGUUCGUUGUUGGUGUUAACGAAGACAAGUACACUUCUGACAUUAACAUUCUUUCCAACGCUUCUUGUACCACUAACUGUUUAGCUCCAUUAGCUAAGGUUAUCAACGACAAGUUCGGUAUUGAAGAAGGUUUAAUGACCACUGUCCACUCCAUCACUGCCACCCAAAAGACUGUUGAUGGUCCAUCCCACAAGGACUGGAGAGGUGGUAGAACUGCUUCUGGUAACAUUAUCCCAUCUUCCACUGGUGCUGCCAAGGCUGUUGGUAAGGUUAUCCCAGAAUUGAACGGUAAGUUAACCGGUAUGUCUUUGAGAGUUCCAACUGUCGAUGUCUCUGUUGUUGACUUGACUGUUAGAUUAAAGACCCCAACCACUUACGAAGAAAUCUCUGCUGCUAUCAAGGCUGCUUCUGAAGGUGAAUUGAAGGGUGUCUUAGGUUACACUGAAGAUGCUGUUGUUUCCACCGAUUUCUUGGGUUCUACUUACUCUUCUAUUUUCGAUUCUAAGGCUGGUAUCUUAUUGUCCCCAACCUUCGUUAAGUUGAUCUCUUGGUACGAUAACGAAUUCGGUUACUCCACCAGAGUCGUUGACUUAUUGGAACACGUUGCUAAGGCUUAACUAGGUGCUAAGUUGUAGAAACAAAUAUUUUGUUUGAAAUAUGAUUUAUAAUAGCUAGCUUUAAAAUAAAUGAGAAUUUAAGAAGA